CCGGACGUCCAGAGGGCGCUCUCCGCGGGACUGGCCAGCCGCCGGGCCUUCGCAGUCUUCAGCCCACAGCCGGGUCCCGAGGAGCCCGCGAGCCACCAAGUCCGCUCGCGGCUUUCGCGUUUUCGCCUUCCGUGAGUUGCCGAGAGCUACCAUGUUCAACCAGCAACUCCAGCAGCAGCAGCAGCAGCAGUUACAGCAGCUGCAGCAGCAGCAGCAGCAGCUACUGCAGCUUCAACAGCUGCUGCAGCAGUCCCCAGCACAGGCACCCUUGCCGAUGCCUGUCAACCGGGGCCUCCCCCAGCAGUCAGCCCAGCAACAGCUUCUGAAUCUCCAGGGCCUCCACUCCACCGCCCUGCUCAAUGGCUCCAUGCUGCAAAGAGCUUUGCUUCUGCAGCAGUUGCAAGGACUGGACCAGUUUGCAAUGCUACCAGCCACGUAUGACAGUGCCAGCCUCAACGUGCCUACGGCAGCAUUGGGCAACCUCCGCGCUUACAACAUGACAGCCCCAAGCGUGGCAGCUCCCAGCCUCACACCACCUCAGAUGGUCACCCCAAACCUGCAACAGUUCUUUCCCCAGGCCACUCGCCAGUCCCUGCUGGGCCCUCCUCCUGUUGGGGUCCCAAUAAAUCCUUCUCAGGUCAGCCACUCAGGGAGGAACUACCAGAAACAGGCCAGAAACCACUCUUCCACCAUCCCCAAUCGCAAGAAGCAGGAUUCUUCUUCCCAGACGGUGCCUCUGGAAGACAGGGAAGACCCCACAGAGGGGUCUGAGGAAGCCGUAGAGCUCCAGAUGGACACACCUGAAGGUAACAGACAAGGGGUUCUGUCCUUCACAAGGGACAUCAGGGCAGGGGAGAUCUUGGUGACACGGUGCCGGGCCAUUUCCUGGAACUAUGUUCCCUCACCUGCUGCCAUUGCAGACCAAGAUUCACUAGUCUACCCAGAUGAUAUGGUGAGUGAGCCCCCAGAGCCUGAGCCCGAGCCCUUUGAGCCUGAGCCCUUUGAGGCAUUGGAACCACCAGCCAAGAGGUUAAAGAGCUCAGAGAAAGGUGCUACAGGGCAGCCACAAGCAAAGGUCCAGCCUCUUGUUCAGAUGACAGCACUGAAGCAGACACAGACCCCAGAUCAGCUGCCUGAGCCACCAGGAGCCUCAGUGCUGCCGCGUUUCCAGCCACAGGCUCCGCAGACGCAGCCAAAGCUGCAGAAGCAGGCACAGACACAGACGUCUGCAGAGCACUUAGCACCAGAGCAGAAUCAGGUGUCCACCCAAGCACAACCCCAGGAGCAGACAUCAGAGAAGACCCUGGAGCAGCCUCAGACCUGGCCACAGGAGCCAGUACCUCCAGCAGAACAAGCAUCCGUUCUGGCCUGUACCACAGAACCACAGCCGUCACCUAAUACUGCAGAAACUGGGAGAGGCCCACAGGAAGCCUUGGUAGAACCAGUAAGUGCUCAGGGCAAUGAAGACACGAGCCAGGAGGCGUCAGCUGGUGGCCUGGAUGUGGGAGAAUGUGAAAAAAGAGCAAGAGAAAUGCUUGGGAUGUGGGGGGCUGGGAGCUCCCUGAAGGUCACCAUCCUGCAGAGCAGCGACAGCCGGGCUUUCAACACCACCUCUGGACCUCGCCCUGGGGACUCUGCCUCCGCCACCCCUGCCCUCUCGAGCACACCCUCCAGGCAAAACCUCCAGUUCUUCUGCUAUAUCUGCAAGGCCAGCUGCAGUAGCCAGCAGGAGUUCCAGGAUCACAUGUCAGAGGCCCAGCACCAACAGCGGCUUGGGGAAAUGCAGCACUCGAACCAGACCUGCCUGCUGUCCCUGCUGCCCGUGCCGCGGGACAUCCUGGAGAGAGAGGCCGAAGACCCUCCACCGAAACGCUGGUGCAGCACCUGCCAGGUGUACUAUAUAGGAGACCUGAUUCAGCACCGCAGGACACAGGAACACAAGAUUGCCAAACAGUCCCUGAGGCCCUUCUGCACCGUAUGCAAUCGUUAUUUCAGGACCCCUCGGAAGUUUGUGGAGCAUGUGAAGUCUCAGGGUCACAAAGACAAAGCCAAGGAGGUCAAGACAUUUGAAAAGGAAGUAGCCAGCCCAGAUGAUGACCACUUCAUCACAGUGGAUGCCGUGGGCUGCUUCGAGAGUGAUCAAAAAGAGGACGAGGAUGAUGACGAUGAUGACGAAGAGAUUGAGGCUGAAGAGGAAUUCUGCAAGCAGGUGAGGUCAAGAGAUAUGUCUUUAGAAGAAGGGAAGGGCUCAGAGACUUACACGCCCAACACGGCUUACGGUAUGGACUUCCUGGUGCCAGUGAUGGGCUAUGUCUGCCGCGUCUGUCACAAGUUCUAUGACAGCAACUCGGAAUUGAGGUUCUCCCAUUGCAAGUCCCUGGCUCACUUUGAGAACCUGCAGAAAUACAAAGAAGCCAAGAACCCCAGCCUUGCUACCCGGCCUGGGAAUCGCAGGUGUGCGAUCAAUGCUCGCAAUGCCUUGACUGCGCUGUUCAGCUCUAGCAGUGGCAGUGGCCGCCAGCCCUGCCCCCAGGACACAGUGAAAAUACCCAGUCAGGUGAAGCCUGGAUCCCCCAGACCUCCUCUUCCCCUUCGGCGCUCAACUCGCCUUAAAACCUGAUAGAGGGAGCUCUGGCCACCCAGCCUGAGUAAGGCCGGAUCUGCUAAUGCUUUCUAUGUAUGUGGAGAAUGUUCAUGUGGUUGGGGUUUUUAAUUCAACAUCCAAUAAAGAGUCAGUUGUUUGGC